AUGAUGGCUACAGAUCUGAGAAUUGCCCAGGCAAUAGGGACGAUUGGCUGUGCACUGGCAGCAGGCGGCAUUGCCACAUUGUCAAUACUGAGCAUUCCAAAUCUCAUCAUUCCAGAACGUCGUCCAGCCAGCGCGACACUCCCAUUCAAUGAUACUCCAGGAGCCUCGACCACGCACUUGACACAUCAAUGGCUUGAUCUGUAUGAGCGUGGCAGCAAGAUUUUCCCCGGUAUAUCCGCAGUUUCUUCACUCGCAAACAUUUAUGCGCUCUGUGCAUUGAAGAACUCUCCUACCCCUGCACCGGGUAUUUUUGGGUCUAGCUGGUCUACAUGCUAUCUGCUUGCUGUCGGGUUUACGAUGAGCAUUGGACCUUUUACGUUUACGGCUAUGAGGAAAACGAAUGCCAAACUGAAGGCUUAUGCAAAGCGAGACGAUGCGGCCGGCGCUGAGGGUACUAAGGGCAUGGUCGUGAGUGAGCAGGAGAAAGCGAAGCGGGCUAGAGAUGAUAGCGAGGUACCGGAACUUUUGCAGCAUUGGGGGAAGUUGAAUUUGAUCAGGGCUGUGUUCCCACUUGUUGGGGCUGGUAUUGGGUUUUAUGCUGCUGUCUCCAGCUGGGCGAUUCCUUAA